UUUAUAAAUAUAUAUAUAUGUACACAUAUAAUAUUUACAUAAUAUAUAAAUUUGUAAAAUUUACAAAUUAAAAGUAUCUCCCAGGCGUUGGAAUGCAAGGGAGGCUGCAUUGUGUCAGCCCUCCAAAUUUUGAAAAAUGACCGCUGUUCCUCCUCCUACGAAUGUUUGUACAUUAUUGCCUUUAGAAUUGGUGGAUAAAUGUAUUGGCUCAAGAAUUCAUAUCAUUAUGAAAAAUGAUAAAGAGAUGGUAGGCACUUUAUUAGGAUUUGAUGAUUUUGUUAAUAUGCUUCUCGAUGAUGUGACUGAAUACGAAAAUACUCCAGAGGGCCGACGUAUAACCAAAUUAGAUCAAAUUUUAUUGAAUGGAAACAACAUAACAAUGCUAGUGCCAGGAGAUAUGCCAGGAGAUAUACCAGACUAACUUCCCUAUUAUCAUCCAGAACUAUUACCUUGAAGCAACCGAUAUAAUAAAGUAAAAUAAUGUAAACUGUAACCGAACAAUUGAAGGCAACUUUGGAUAUUUCAUUUUGUUAGAUGGAAAAUUCCUUUUUUGUUAUAAUGGAAUUGUCAAAGAAAAAUUUGAAGAAUACACACAAUUUUCGUGUGGCCUUAAAGAACUUGAAUUUUUAUUUCAUCAAACAGUGCCGUUUCUGUUUACAACACUCAGGAAUAAAUAUUACAACAACCUGCACGACUUAAAAUACAAAAUAUUUUUUGCGCUCGCUUGUCUACCCGCAAAGGUAAUCGAACCCAAAUGCAUU